CCUAUUCUAUCCAUUGAUUACUAUUUAUUCUGUGAAAUGCGUUGGCCAACUUUUUUUGCGUAUGUUCAACUGUAAUUAAGUUUAUCGAUAUAUGUUUUUCAGUUAAAAAACAAAUAAAAUAUAACAUCAAGGUAGCAUGUAGUUAUUCAGUUGGUAAGACCCUUCACAUCCGCAACAAAUUGCAGCACAGGUUGAUUCCAAAAUGGUGGUCGUUUGUUGUGGCUUUCAAGUGAUUUGUUAAAUAUUUCAUCUUCAUGUUUUUAAUCAUCUCAUUUGCGUUGCCGGUGCAAUAGAAGUAGAAGAAUGGAUAAAGAAGUAUCAGAUAGUCCUGGCGAGGUGGAGCAAGAGAAUUUGCCGGUUAAAGAUUUAGAAAAACAAGAGGACACGUCUAGUGGAGAAGAUAAACUGUCAGAAAGUGUUGACAUCGCGGAAGAUCCUGCAGGUGCUGAGUCUGCAGAACCUGAAGUAACUGAUAGUGGUGAUAUAAAUAGUGAUAUAAAAAGUUCUAGUAAUUUAAAUAGUGAACCCCUUAGUGAUAUACAGAAUCAUGUUGACCAUGAUGUAGAAAAACAAGACAGUGAUCAUUGUGAAAAUAGUGUAGAAAAAGAUGUGACUUUAUCAAAGAAUGUCACUGAUGAAGUGGAUAGCACAGAAACAGAAGAAAAAGAAAUUACAUCUGAAAAUAAAGAAACAGAAAAUUCUUCAGAAGAGACUCCUGUUAUUGAAGAUAUUCUAAAAGAAGAAAAACUAGUAAAGGAAAGCCAAGAAAAUGAAGAUGAAGAAUUAAAAACAGAAACUGCACCAGAGGCUUUAUUGGAAUCUUCACCUGUUCCUGAAUCUUCUGAAAAAGAAAGUGAACUUGAACCUCAAAAAGAAACACUCAGUGAAGAACAAAAUAGUGAAAAUAGAGAAGAAGAUGAUGAUAAAAUAGAAGUUAGAAAACCAGAGUUUGAGACUGCUCCAAAUUGUUCUUUAGAAGAGCAACAAGAAGAUCACACCCAGGCCUUAGAUCCAUUUGAUGCACUUCUCAAAGAUCGCACAGAUGCAACAACAGAAACUGCCACUCAAGCGGAUGCAGAAGCAUGUACAAUUGAUGACGAUGAUGAUGACCAUAAUGCUGACCAAACUCUCGGUGAUAUUGGACAUGAUGAGGACAUUGAAGACGAGCAUGCACCAGAGGAUGAAAAUAUAACUGAGAUAGUGGAUCAACCAGGUGCUGAUGAAGAAGUUUGUCUUUUACCUGACACCGAAAGAGAGAUUUCGGAAGCCGAUAAAGCUGCAGCUGAAAAAGCAUUGGCAGAGAAAAGGAAACGAGAUGAAGAAGCAGCACUUGCAGCAGAAUCAGCAUUUCCGAAAGAAGAAACGGAAGCUGAAACAACGGAAGCCACUGAAAGUCUAUCAGAAGAGCCAGCACUUGCAGAGGACACUGGUGAAGUUGUUGAUGCAGACGUUAGUACUGAAGAUGUAUCUCAGGAAAAUGGAGGCGAUAAAGAAAAUGAACAUGAGGAAUCAACAGAAUCUGAAGGCAAUGCACCCAAUUCCAUACAACAAAUAAGUCCAGUUGAUGCUACUUGUACUCAAUGCAAUACAGAAAGACUUUGCCAAUACAGAUACAGCGGAAAAGAAGAGGGCUAUAAUUAUUUAUGUGAAAUGACAUGUGUUAAGAGUUUUCAAGAUAAAAAUCCAGGAAUGUAUAUAUUAGUGAGUAAGAAAUAUAUGAUUGAAGAAAUUGCCCCUAAAAUGUUAACAUGUUCAGAAUGUGAAGAGAAAAAAAAUUGUUACUUUUAUUACAACUUUGACGGAGAUGAUACAAAUUACUGUUCACUAGAAUGCCUGCAUAGUAUGAUGGCUGAUGAAAAAGACUGUUAUACACUCAAACGAAGAAGAAUAACAGUUGAAGAAAGGACACCUAAAGAAGGCACCUGUUGUGUUUGCAAUGAAACAAAAAGUUGCAUGUAUACCUUAAACCGAUAUGGAAUAUCUCUAGUGAUCUGUGAACAAACUUGCCUAAGGAGUUUAAACACAAAAGAAAAUGGAAGGUACUUGUUAAAAAAGAAAAGAGUCACACGCAACCAACCCCAGGCAAAACCUGCUCGAUCUAAUCCCCCUCUUCUUAAAUUAAAAGUUAUAAGUAAUGCAACAGAUAAAUAUUUAGAUGAAGCAUAUAAAAUACAAGCAAAGACACCAGCAAUGGUUAAAGCGGCACGCGAAGAGAGAGAACGAACUUUUAUGCGCGUGUGUGUGCAAUGUCACUUGAUACUGAACAAUGAAGAAAAGUUACUUAGUUGGGAAGCAAUGGAUUUUUGCAAUGAAGUUUGUCUUGGAAAGUAUCAAAAUAAAAUCGGCUCUAAAUGUGCUAACUGUAAUCACGAAGUUCAGCAUACAAGCUUAGGGAAAUAUUGCGUAAGAUUUGGUUGUGAUAUACGUCAAUUUUGCAAUUCAGGUUGUUUGGAAGAAUUCAAAAAAGGGUUAAAAAUAUGUUGUUACUGUCAAAAGGAUAUAUCAACGGGGCAUAUAGGGUUCUUAGCACCUGUGGGUGAUAAAGGACAGUUCAAAGAUUUCUGCUCACAAACUUGUAUGGAAAAGUUUGAUCAUAUGAGUAGAAAUCCAGUACCUCAGCCUUUGUGGGCAAAAUGUGCAGUCUGCUCAUUAGAAAAAGCAACAACUUUUGAAGUUGAAAUAAACAAAAAUGUUUCUCAGAGACUAUGUUCAGACCCAUGUUUUGCUGCUUUUAAAUUUGUUAAUAAUAUUUUCCCAGACCAAUGUCGAUGGUGUAAAAAAUAUUUUGAAAGAAAAUCAAGUUUAUUCUUCACUAUUUAUGAAGCAUCAGUGCCACACUGUUUUUGUUCUAAGUCUUGUAUGAAUAUUUAUAUUAGUAAUUCUCGGCACAUAGUGCCAUGUAAUUGGUGCAAAGUGAAGAAAUACAAUUUCGAUAUGAUAAGAAGAGCACAAGGGAAUGGACAGGCUAUUAUGAUGUGUUCACUUAACUGCUUGAAUCUCUACCAAGUAUCUGUUAAUGCAGUAUCUUCCAGAAGGACAAAAUGUGAUAUGUGCAAGGUGACUGCGCUGGCGCAGUAUCACCUUACGAUGUCGGAUGCUACCGUGCGGAACUUCUGCACCUACCAGUGCGUCAUGACGUUUCAGGGUCAAUAUUCGAAACAAGUACCACCAGUAGUGGCGGGUGAGUCUAUUGAUCAACCAAAAGCCGUACCUACGGGAGCUCCUCGACGGACUUACUCAGCGGCUACACAUAAAAAUAAUGCUAUGAAAAAUCAACAAUCAAGAUCUGGUUUGCCAGUAAUUUCAAAUGUUAAGUCAUUGGCACCACCGCCACCGCUUGUACAAACGACUACUCGUGCGAAAUCGAAACGGCAUCAGCCUCAGCCUGAACCGGAAAUCGUCCAGGCUCCUAAAACUCCACCACCACCUCCCAAACCCCCAACACCACCUCCACCGCCACCCCCUAAAAUAUAUAAUCACGUUAUUGUAAAAACUUUACCCCCCAAUGUAGUGGCUAAUAAGGGUACCAUGGCCAAACCAAUGAUGGUCCCAAAGGGUGUUUCGUGUCGCCCCCAUCCAUGUACGAAAGAGUGCCAGACUGACCCGAGCCUGGAAAGACGAGUCCUCAUUCCUGUACCUGUACCAAUAUAUGUUCCAGUUCCUUGCGUCAUGUGGUCUCUACCAUUCCCAGUUCCUAUUCCUAUUCCUAUACCUAUUCCGACCCCAGUUUUUAUCCCUACAACGAGGAAUUCUGCUAAGGGUAUUAUGAAGGAAAUAAACAAGAUUCAUGAUAAAAUGCCGACGGAUCCCUUCGAAGCUGAGUUACUUAUGAUGGCAGAAAUGGUAGCUGGUGAUAAGAAAAAAGAUCAGAGUGAUUCCGACACUGAGGACGAAAACGAGGAAGGUUUUAGUCCAGUUGGUGGCAUGGAUGGAAACAAUGCCUUUGGUGAGGACAUGCUCCAGAUGGCGUUAAAGAUGGCUACAGAGUAUGAGGACCAGCCUGUUGAUUUGGAAUCUGCGAUGACCGCCAACACUAUCACGCCCAGCUCUCAUCCAGGAAUGCCUGGUCUCGAAGGCGAAGGUAUGCAUCAGCAUCACAUGAUGGUGCUAGAGCAGCAGCAGCGGGCGGUGGCGGCGCUGCGAGCCUCGAGUGCGGCGGGCGUGGGCGCGGCGGCUCGCAAGCGCACGCCGGCGCCGCCCCCCGGCACGCGCCCGCGCCCGUCCAAGCGGCGGAGAGAGCCCGCGCCCGCGCCGCCGCCCGACCCGCCGCGAGAGCCGCAAGAGAAGCCCGAUGCCAAUAUGUGCCUCAAGUACACUUUCGGUGUAAACGCGUGGAAGCAAUGGGUGAUGACGAAAAACGCGGAAAUAGAGAAGAGUUCGAUACGACGGAAGCCGUUCAAAUCCGAGAUAUUACAGUUAACAGCAGACGAGUUAAAUUACUCUCUCUGUCUUUUCGUGAAGGAGGUGCGCAAACCGAAUGGCAGCGAAUAUGCACCGGACACUAUUUAUUAUUUGGUUUUAGGUAUUCAGCAAUAUUUGUUCGAAAAUGGUAGGAUAGAUAACAUAUUUACGGAUCCGUAUUACGAAAAAUUUACGGAUUGCUUAGAUGAAGUAGCGAGAAAGUUUUCAGUUUUAUAUAAUGACUCACAGUACAUAGUAACACGCGUAGAAGAAGAACAUUUAUGGGAAAGCAAACAGCUUGGUGCGCACUCACCACACGUCCUAUUAUCGACGCUUAUGUUCUUCAAUACUAAACAUUUUAACCUAGUAACAGUAGAAGAGCACAUGCAGCUAUCAUUUUCACAUAUAAUGAAACAUUGGAAACGCAAUCCUAACCAGCCAGGACAGGCAAAGAUACCAGGCUCUAGGAAUGUUCUUUUAAGAUUCUAUCCACCCCAAUCUGCACUCGAAGCGAAUUCGAGGAAGAAGAAAGUGUAUGAACAACAAGAAAAUGAAGAAAACCCACUUAGGUGUCCUGUUAAAUUAUAUGAAUUUUAUAUUUCUAAAUGGUGUCGCAGUCCUGAAUCGGUGCGCACGCGCAACGACGUAUUCUACCUGCAGCCAGAGCGAUCAUGCGUGCCCGACUCGCCUGUGUGGUAUUCGACGCAGCCACUCAGUCGUGCCGCUCUCGCCAAGAUGCUUCACCGUGUCAAGAUGGUCAAAGAAAUCAAUAUCGCGCUGCUAACAAGCUAAGACUUUGUUCAACAAAUAUAUGGUGGCUUUGAAAUUAGAAGAAUUUUCGACAGCUUGUUGCAAAGUCCUGUCGCAAACUUAUGGAGAUUUAUUUUGAAAGUGGUAUAAACUGUGGUGUUGAGUCAAAACAAACAGUUUAAUUGUGUUUGUAAAGUUGGUAACAAUGUAUAUUUUUUCUACUUUGUAUAUCAGUCUGUGAAGGAACAGUUUAUUAUUAUUAAUAUUGCCUAUGAUAAAACCAUUUUUUACGAUGUUCCAAUGAAUUAGACUUAUGUACUGUGUGCAGGACUGUUUUCGUAUGUACAGAUUAUAAUUUUAUUGUCAAUAAUUUCGCUGGAAUAAAUAAUAAUCACAAUUUUUUAUAUUCGAAUAUAAUUAUAAAAUCACUAAAAUAUUAAUGAUUAUCGAUUUUAUUUGAGAAUUUUUUAAAUUUGUAAAUAAUCACGCCAAGCGAUUUGCAACAUAAGUUUGUUUUCUCUGUUGAAAUGUAUAGAUUCAUUUUAUUUUAGACUAGCAAAAAAUGGAGACUUGAGUUAUUUUCCUCAGUGCCAGGAUAAGAAUUUAUUACAUUUGUGUAAUAUUAAUUACAUAUUUGAUAUAUAGUUAUAGAUUUAAGUAAAAUUCCAAGUUUAUAGUGAGGGAUGCACACUUUUGUUGUAGUAUCAUUCAUUUUAUAAAUCGUAAAUAUAACUAAAAUAUUCUCACAGAUAGAAGUUUUUAUUGAAAUAAAUGAUAAUAUAGUUAAGAAGUCAGAUUCGUAUAAUAUUUUAAAGUAUAUAAGUGUAAGUUGCGAGGUUGAGGUAG